GGCAGAUAUUACGAUUUGCCGGAGCUUGAGGCUGAGCAACCAGCGAAGAUAAAACCCUAACUAGUACCAUGAAUUCUCCGACUAAUUCACAGAAAACGGUUUCGGACGACGAUGAGAUUGAUUACUCUAUCAAACCGGAGCUCUAUGAUUCAGAUCUUGAUGAUAAAGAUGAGCAGUGGAUGGCUAAGAAAAGAGAUGGACGUACUUCUGAUGCUGUGCUUAGCUGUCCUGCUUGUUUCACCACCGUCUGCUUAGAGUGUCAAAGGCACGAGCAGUAUGUGACACAGUACAGGGCAAUCUUUGUGGUCAAUUGCAAAGUAGAUAAAGAUAGAGCUUUGCAAUACAAUGCAACUCCGUCAAAGGUUGGGAAACGAAGGAGAGAUUCUGAGGAGAAAGAAACUCAUUCUGCUGAGAGCGAGAGAGUGAACUCGGUCGUUUGCUCAACUUGUUCGACAGAGAUCGGAGUCUAUGACAGUGAAGAGAUCUAUCAUUUCUUCAAUGUCAUUCCAAGCGAGCCUUAGAAACUUUUACUUUAUGAGUUUCCUGUAAAACAUGGUUUUAUGUUACAGUAGUUUGAGUCCUAACAACAAACAUAUGAAACAGAACAAUGCCUAGCCGCAAAACGCAAAGUAAAGAAUCGGUUUUUAGGCUUUUUAGGCGUUUACGUUUUCUAUAAUGGUCACAAACCAAAAGUUUAAUCCAA